AUGUCACUCCUGCUGGAAGCUGAGAGAUAUGCCGCUAAUCAGAGUUCCCAUAUCGCACUCAAUGCCUUCAUAUCCCCUUUGCCCCGGCAAUCCGGACAGUGGCACAAGCAGGCGAAAGAUGCGGACCUUCGGGCGAAGCAAGGGAACCCCAAGUCUAAGUUAGACGGCCGACUCAUCGCGUUCAAAGAUAAUAUAUGCACACGCGACUUUCCCACAACGUGCGCCUCGAGAACACUUGAGACAUUUACGAGUCCGUUCGAUGCGACGGUAGUUCAGCAAGUAGAAGAUGCCGGGGCCAUCGUCGCCGGGAAGACCAAUUUAGACGAGUUUGGUAUGGGAUCUCAUUCCGUCAAUUCGCACUUUGGCCAUGUCAGGAAUCGCCGACAUCUCUCAGCGGGAGGAAGUUCUGGUGGUAGCGCAGUUGCUGUCGCUACGGAACAGUGCUAUGCCUCACUAGGAACGGACACUGGCGGAUCAAUUCGCCUUCCUGCCGCGUACACGGGGACUGUUGGCUUCAAGCCUUCAUAUGGGCUGUUAUCUAGAUGGGGCGUUGUUGCAUAUGCAAACUCAUUAGACACGGUUGGUAUCCUGGCCAAGCGAACAUCAGUGGCUCGAGAUGUCUUUGACGUCCUUAAUAAGCACGACCCUCGCGAUCCGACAAGCCUCUCACCGUUAUCAAGGUCCAGGGUGCUCUCAAAAUUGAGCGCGCCUCAUCUCUCCUCCCGCCUCAAAUCUUUACCCCUCCGGAUCGGCGUUCCGCUCGAGUAUAACAUCUCUGAACUGUCCCCCUCAGUGCGACAAGCUUGGUACCGCUCUCUGGAGCGUUUAAGCCAGCAGGGCCACACCGUUGAGCCUGUAUCGCUGCCUAUGACCAACCAUGCCCUGUCAGCGUACUACAUACUUGCCCCGGCCGAAGCGUCUUCAAACCUGGCAAAAUACGACGGCGUCAGGUACGGCACUCAAUUCACAAACAAGCUAUAUGCGAAGACUAGAGGCGCAGGAUUUGGCCCAGAGGUCAAGAGACGAAUCAUGCUAGGUGCAUUCAGUCUGAGCGCCCAGGCCAUGGACAAUUACUUUGUUCAAGCACAGCGCAUCCGGCGUCUCGUUCAGCGUGAUUUUGAUGCCGCUUUCAGAGCAGCGCAUCCGUUGGCUGCUGAGCCGCCAUAUUCUCAAACCGGAGUCGAUGUUCUCAUCUGUCCGACCGCACCGUCACCACCACCAUCCAUCAACCUCACAAUAAAUGGGGCCGGACCUUUGGAUGCCUACAUAAAUGAUGUGUUCACGGUGCCUGCCAGCUUGGCCGGUCUUCCGGCUGUUUCUGUUCCUGUUUAUGGCGAUGAUGCUGCUGGCAAUCAAGGAAGCGCGGGGGUGGCUGGUAUUCAAGUAAUUGGCCAGUAUGGUGAUGAUGAACUUGUGUUAAAAGUCAGUGAAUUGCUGGAGGGAUGUGGACUGUAA